CAACACGGUACGAAGAUGCGUAGGAUCAUGCGCUUCGCGGCUGUACAUACCUAGUCAAAGGCGAAAGUGAGGCAAUCUCGAGCAUGUUGGGUGGUUUUAGCCGUUGCGACGAGGGCACCACGGAGCAUUCUCGAAGGGUCACACCAUGGAGGCGCUGCUGGAGGCACGGGCCGCGUGCUUGGAUGCGCUCGAGAGCACCAAAGCGCUGAUUUCAAAGAGCGAGGGCGAGCCCAACGGGUACGAUGCCGCGUACUUUCUUCAGGCCCACGACGACGAAGACGAUGACGUGCUCAACGCCGGGCUCUUGUACACUCCAAGCGGCCGGCUCAGCGCCCUUGGCGUCGCCAAAUGCACGACACUCUUCCACGCAUUCGAUACCGACCACAAUGGCUUCAUGUCAUACGAAGAGUUCAUCGACUACCUCACGUCGCUCGGUCGGUCGACGCCAUCGUCCAAGGACCCGCUGUGCGACGUGGUUGACAACAUCGAGUCGUGGAAGAUGUACAUGAGCGACGCGUAUAACACGACCGCCGACGGCGACUUGACCAUCAAGGGCUUUCUGCUGUACCGCGAGGCAACCGAGCACCUCUACCCCUUGGCCGCCGACUUGACGUACUUUGGUCUUCCGUGGAUUGACGACGGUCUCGUUCGCCACAUGCAUCUUUUGGCCACCUUUGCAGCGUACGACACGGCGACGCUGGGAAAGCUGCCCAUGGCGCAGCUGCCCUACUUGCUCGCCGACGCCGGCAUUCUCGCCUCACGACGCGCUGUCGACAGCGUCGUGCGGCUCAUGCGCGUGUACGCCGAGUGCAUGGAGUGCAUUUUGCAGCGCAACCGCGCGAUUCGGCUCUUUGGCUACAAGCAGAUGUCCCGCGUUCGGUUGAGCGACUGCAUGACGUUCAUCUACCGCGACGCGUUUGUGGCGCUGGCGCUCUCGAGCUACGCACCACCGAUGCUCUCGAGCUGGUCGCAGGCCGUCUUGACGCUGCAACGACGAACGUACACUGUGCUGCGCCGUAUGCACGCAUCGCUUCAGUCGCUACGCACCUACGUCCAGCGAGCUGCACGCACGGGCCUCCUUCAGCUCGGUCGCCUCUUGCCCACGACGUAUGGCGAGUAUACGCUCAAGCUCGAUGUUGGCAACCCCGAGUUUGCCACAUCUGCAGAAAUCCAAAUCUCCUUUACGACCGAAGUCGACUCGUCUGCCACAUUGCACAAGCUCGGCUACCGCCACGACGGCGCCGAGUGCUAUCUCUACUUCGACUUUGUCGCCCGCAGCGAUAUCUCGGACGAGGCUUUGGCCGAGACGGCGCGUGCGAUGGAGUCGAUCGUCGACGACCUCUUCCAUGACCACUUUGCCUCUAUGCCGUACUACCAUAGCACGCUGGUCGUGACACCGUCGCGGCUCGAGACGCACGGCUCCCCUGUCGUCCGCGUCGUCCUCCUCUUCACCGACGCGCUCGAUCCGUUCAAUGUGUUUGUGGACGCGGACUUGCCGUCGAUGCUCCAAGUACACAACCUCGUCUCGUCGUUCGAGGUGCAUGUGGCGCUCAAUGUCUCGGUGCGCGAUCUGCUCACCAACAAGCGCUUCAACGUGCUCGAGCACCUUGGGCUGCGCGCGUUUGCGUCGUCGCGGCUCGGCCGGCAGUCGGUUGCGCAGAUUCUCGAGCAAGUCCUACGGCACAGCCAGUACGAGGCCGAGGCGACCGCGGCGGCAAGCGCCCAUUUGGCGCGUGAAAAAGCCACGUUCAAGAAGCCCAAUAGUCGCCGAUCGACGGUGACAGCCACGACCUGGCGAGACCAAGUCGCCAUGGCCAACGCGGCCGCGCGACACCGGCUCUGGUCUGCAAUGCAGUACCUUGUCUCGGUCGUCGCCUACUCCAAAACGGCGAGCUGGAACUGGGCGUUUCCGACGCUACAGCCGCUCUUUGCUCCGCAGAGCGUAUUGAAGAAGCUCUUGCCGAUCCCCGUCUUUGACAAGUGGCGCACGGUUCUGGGCACGACGGGGCAGCUGGCCAAACUGUGGCGCCACGCCGUGACUGCGCUACAAGGCGACCUGCAGACUAUGGUCCGCGAGGCGCCGCCGCCGACCGAUGCAGCAACAGCGCUCGAUACGUACGCGGUCGUCGUGACCAACCUCCUGGGCCUCAACGCCGUGCAGGCGCAAGCUGGGUCGAUGGGCAUGGACAUGCUCUUCGAAGGCUUCGAUUGGAUCCCGCUACUUCCCAAACCCUAACCACAAAUCCAGCACAUCCCCAACGACAAUUGACUAGAAAACGCUAGCGCCGAUUCUAGGUCCAGGUGCUUAUAUAUGUUAUCGUACAAUAUUGAUACCUUCCUA